AUGUCCACACCGGCUCGAAGGAGACUCAUGAGAGAUUUUAAACGGCUACAAGAAGACCCCCCAGCUGGUGUCAGUGGAGCCCCGUCUGAAAACAACAUCAUGGUGUGGAAUGCAGUCAUUUUUGGUCCUGAAGGAACUCCAUUUGAAGAUGGUACAUUUAAACUGAUUGUAGAGUUCACAGAAGAAUACCCCAACAAACCUCCUACGGUGCGAUUUGUGUCAAAAAUGUUUCAUCCAAAUGUCUAUGCAGAUGGUAGUAUUUGUUUGGAUAUCCUCCAAAAUCGAUGGAGUCCCACGUACGAUGUGUCUUCAAUUCUUACGUCCAUCCAGUCUUUGCUGGACGAGCCAAAUCCCAACAGCCCGGCCAACAGCCAGGCAGCUCAGCUGUACCAGGAGAACAAGCGCGAAUACGAGAAGAGAGUGUCGGCCAUCGUAGAACGAAGCUGGCGAGAUAGUUGA